UUUGAUGUUUUUUUUUUCGAAAACAAAAAACAAUUUUGACGACGACGGCGACAUCGAGUCGUUUGAUUUCUGAUCCACUGGUGCCUGACGAGCUCUUGCAAGUCCAAACAUGUCGCAACAACGCGCCACAGAACUUAACAAUGUGAUUGACUUGGACGAUGACGAAGAAGAUGAGGACGUGCAAUUUGUGGGAGUCGUCCGCCCGCUUACCACCACCAUUGAUCUCUGCCUGUCGCCCUCCACUUCCGCGGCGGCUGCAGCUCGUUCGCUGAUCGGAGAGGGGACAGGAAGUGUAGCAGGAACUUUGGCCAGGGCUGCCGCAGUUGCUCCUCAUCAGGAUACUUUGUCUCCUACUGGCACCACGCCCCCAGCGGUUGCUUCAGCCCCCACAACGCCAGAAGCAUCAGGGAAAAGCAUCAACGUGGAAGCAGCAACCACUUCUUCUGGCGAGGGUUCCUCAUUACCAUCAUCUGCUGUUGCUCUGGAGUGCCCCAUCUGCUUGCAAACCUGCAUCCAUCCAGCGCGACUCCCCUGUGGCCACAUCUUUUGUUUCUUGUGUGUUAAGGGUGUUGCCUAUAAAAAUAGACGCUGUGCAAUGUGCCGUCGAGAGAUUCCCGCCGAGUUCCUGGACCAUCCUCAGCUGGUAAACGGCAUUGAGGACAUCUGCGCCACACGAGCGACGGAAGACGGUUACCAGUGGUACUAUGAGGGCAGGAACGGUUGGUGGCAAUACGAUGAUCGCACUAGUCAGGACAUCGAGGAGGCCUUCAAGAAGGGCGACAAGUCAUGUACCAUCUUAGUGGCCGGCUAUGUCUACAUUGUGGAUUUGGAGCAGCUCGUCCAGCAACGCCAAAACGAACCCACUCGCUGCCGCCGGGUUAAGCGGGAUCUGGCCACCAUACCGAAGAAGGGGGUGGCCGGUCUCCGGAUCGAGGGAAAUCAGGUGACCAGUGACACCGUCUUCAGUAGACCAACCAGCACAGCCUCUCCAGCCACCGUGGCAGCAGCUGCCUCCAGUUUUAUAUCGACGAUUGCAGCAACGGAUGCGGCCAUUAGGAUAGCCAGCGACAUUAUUGGCUCUACGCUGGCGCAUGCGGAUGAGCUCACCCGAGGAUUGGCAGCCAGCAACAUCAGCGAUGACCCCAGCAGCAGCAGCAGUAGCAGCGGUGAGCAAACCAAUCCCACAAAUCCGCAGAUCGCCGGACGCUCGCCUGCCUCCUCGCCGCCCUCAAGUUCGAUUCAGGAUCUCAUCACGCAAGACUUGAGAAACACACAGCAGGUGAUUGCCCACAAUCAGCACACCAUAGAUCUCUUCGAGCAGGCCUUGAACGACUUCCAGGCACUAACCAUGCGCAACUACGUGGACACCAGCGAUGAGGAAGAUGAGAACGGUGCUCAGGACCAGGAUCGAGAGCAGGAGCGUGAGCAGUUGGAGGCGGGCGAGCAGUCAAAGUCCGCCGAUAAACACCAGGGAUUCUAGAUGCUAGCUUAGCCCUUUAGCUUAAACCUGAAGAAAAGAUCAAUGUUCCUUCAGCAGAUUUCACUAUACGGAAAAGGGAAUGUUACCUAGAGCAAUGCAGCGCGUACCUGAAAACACAUAUAUCAACUAACAUAAGGAGCGUUGAACAGGAACAGAGUAGAGAGGGAAUGUCCAUACAGGGUAUACCAACAUCACAUAUUAAUAUGUAAACAAAAAGGGAUAUCAGUGGAAGGCAUAGCAAUAGUUUAUAGUAUUUUCAACACCAGUUGAAACUGUUAUUAUAAGGGUUUGGUUUAACCCUAAAACAGAGGAGUGUACAUUUUCUUAAAAAAAAAAACACAAGACUUCAUUGAAUUAUCCCAUAAAUUCUGAUAUUUUUUACGUACAAAAAUAAGUUUCCUAACUGCACACAUUUUUCGUACCUCUCUAAUAAUUGAAAAGACAUUGCUGUAUUAUUAAGGGGAUGUCAAAGUUCCCCCUCAUUCCCUCACUUAAAUAUUCGGUUCCUCGAAAGUCCCGCCUCGUUGCAAGCUCGUAGAAGACGAAGAAGCAACCACCAGGAAAGCGUAGUGUGAAAACGACAAUACACAUGAUUUGGGUUCCACUUAACAGGGGUGUAAAGACUCCACUUGAUUGAUUUUCAGUGCGUUUCUUCAAUGAGAACGACUUUCCUUUUGUUUCAGACUAAUUGCAUUUACCAAAACUCGCUCUUAGAACUUAAAGAAAAACACACCCACUGCACUUUCGGUUCGAAAUCUUCCACAUUUUCGAAGCGCACUGUCAAAUUAAGAGAGAAUCUAACCCAGUAUUAAUUAUUAAGCCGCCGUUAAGUGCGUUAAGCAAACAAGUUCUGUGACAGUUGAAUAUAUUGAUAUUUGUAUUAAGUUAACAUAUAGAACUAUUAAAAAAAUAAAUAAACGGGUAGUAGCAGUAGAAAUGAUCAUUGAUAACGUUUAGGUAUAUUAUGUGCUCCAGAGGAUAUACUUGCAUACAAACGCUUAAUUUAAUAAUCUCAAUUUUGUGACUACUAUUUAUAGAUUCGUUUUCGA